CGUGCUAAACACACUUCUACACACAGUUCAUAUUAAAAGUAUAUAAACAAAACAAAAAAUGGGUUGCAAAGCUUGUGGAACCAACUGCCAGUGCUCGGCCACCAAGUGCGGCGACAACUGCGCCUGCAGUCAGCAAUGCAACUGCGCCUGCAAGAAUGGACCCAAGGACAAGUGCUGUGCCAACAAGAAUUGAUUGAACUCAAAUUAUACAAGAUUGUAAAUUAAUAUUCGGCUGCAGACUAAUG